AUGUCGAUGAAGGUAACUGAAGGAAGCAAGAAGUUGAAUACGCUUCAAGAGAAGUAUAUUACCGAUUUAGUUAUUAAAAAAGGACUUAGAGAUGGUAAUUUGAGUUCGGCAACGAAAAAUAUCAUAGAACUUUACCCUGAACAAUUUUUCAUAGACAUCGACAUCAUCGUUCAAUUGCCACCAUUGGAAAGUGCCACCCUCUCGAACAAGAUAUUUGUAGAGCUGGAAAAAUGUAAGAUAUCGCAUCGCACAAAAUUACUAAUUGAAUGUUCUGAAAGUGAUGUUGACUUACAAAACCGCCUUAAAGUUGCUCUUGUAUAUAAUAUAUUGUUUGAAAAUGGGACUAUUACUUCGGAAAGAAAUAAUGGCUCAUAUGCAAAUUGA